ACAGCGCGGCGCGGCACCGCCGCCGCGGCUUUUAUGCGGAGGUGUCCGGCGGCUCCGCGCCCCGGCGGCCGGCACUCCCCCUGCAACGCCCCGCAUCCCGGGAGGCGCGGACAGGGCCGGGCGUGCCGCGCCGCCGCCGCCUCGGGCAGGGGCAGGGGCAGGGGCAGGACAAUCGCCCCUCUCCUGGCCCCUCCGGCCCCGCAGCCCCCACCGCCCUGCCCGACUCCACGCUGCCGGGUGGGAGCCCCGUGGGCGCGCGACGGGACCCCACGGUGCUGGAGUGCGGCGCACACUCUCGGCUCGCACCCCAGCUCUCCCCGAAAUAAACUGCAGGACGAACAGUGACAGAUCCAGCGGGGCUGUGAGUGAGCGGGCUUGGAUAGCGACGUGCAGCCCGUCCAAGCGAGACGUGCUCGGAACGCAACCCCCGUCUCCAGCAAUGACCCGACACAGCGCUCGGUGUCUCUGCGCUAUUUCACCCCAUACAGCCCGCUGGUCCCAGCGCCGCGGGGCUCCUUACAACCUGGAAGGAGCUCUCCUGGGUGCUCCGUGGCUGCUGCUGGGAGCUGCCAGCCCCCUCUUGCCUGGUACUGGGAUCUUAGGGCCAGACCCACGGCUGAGUGACACCAGUACGGACAGCUGCCCCAAGGAGCCGGAUGCAGACGUGGCAGGAUUUGAUGUUGCUUGCUGCAGCCUUCAUGCCAAAAGUCAUCCUCCUGCACUGGCACCCUUCUUGUUGAAGUAAGCAGAACCCUGGGGUAGUGCUGCCCUGGAGAAAGCCAGAAGCACAUCCCUCCUGCAUGAAAGCAGUGGAGCUGCCUCUCCUGCAGUGCCCUCCGGCUCACAGAGGUCUGAAGCAGGGCAGGAAUUCUCUGAUCCGAUUGUCUAAAAGUCAGCUCAGUGGUUCAGUGGUUCAGUCCCUCUGGGGCUGUGCCUUUCUGCGUCAUGCCAAUUCCGUGCCUCCAGAGGGCAAAGUCAGAUCAUGCUUCACUCUGCACUGGUAGAUGAUAGGGAAGGAAAGGUGUGCGCGGGGCGGGAUGGCAUGCUGGAACUGCUUCUGCCCUCCCUGCUGGUGAUGGAAAUGGUUUUCCAAAUAAAGCACUUUCCCUGGUAGAUCCCAGCCUGUAAGAAAAAUGAACUGGAUACCAAAAUAGCAUGUACUGGCUCCUGUUCCUUCUCUUUCCCUCAUCAUACGUGGCAAGCUGCAAAGCCAACUUCUGUGAGUGAAGUGGCAUUCAUGUAAUGCGGUGUCCUGGUGGUUAUCCUCAAUCUGACAUUGUCAUCUGCCCACUUAAAAGCACUUCCAGCUCUCCAGUCUGGGGGCAGGAGUACAUCUGGUACCUCUUUUGAUUUCCACUUCUGAUGGGAAGUGAGACUGUGGGAUUCACCCAGCUGCAUCUCAGGCUGCUGCUCUCCAUCUCCUAUAAAUCAAAGUCCUGUCCCUUGCUGGAGUGGGAGGCUUGGUGCACUUCCUGUUCAUGAGCACUUUCCUUCUCUUUUGAUUUAGCCUUGCUAGAGGAAGGACAAAGGUUUUUAUAAUGAAAGAAUCAAAUGUUUCUGUAUAGUCUUUUCCCCACGGCUGGUUUACCAAAUAACAGAAAAUCUUAUACAUUGGCUAAACAUUCAUCAUGCAAAGGAAAAUGUGUGAUAGCUACAGGAGUGUUACCCAUACGAAAGCUGCGGUCUGUCCUUUCUCUUGAUCCCAGGGACAAAGUUUUGGGCAGCACCAGCACUGUCAGUGGGUUUCUGUCUGAAUUCCCCAGGUCAGAUCCUACUGCAAAUUGCAACUGCUGCAUUGCAAAUGCAGCAGGCGCUCACUGGUUUUGAGACCAGGCACUGCCGGAUAUGCCCUGCACAAGAGCAUUGUGCCACGGACUCUCAGUGCUGGAGUUUGUUAGUAGCAGUAGGUGCCAGAGAAAUAUCCCAGCCAAAAUCCCAUCUGCUUGGAUCUCCAAAGGCAAUUUCCAACCAUGGAAAAAAUCCAGUCCUCCAGGCGUCCUUCAUUCCUGAUGCCCGUGCUGCAAACCACACCCCUGCAAUACCUCAGGAGUAAUCUGGGAAGCCCUGCUCCCCAUGAGCCCCAUGCCCUGGAGGGCUUCUCCACCACCAAACCGGAGGGAAGCGGGCACAAAGCACGUGGACAGCCCAUUCAGGUGCUGCACACUCAUAGCUUUGGUUCCAGCAUCAGAAUGCCUCUCAUCUCAGAAGGCAGAAAGGUUUCGUUCUGCCUCCCGGUCCCAGGAACGCAGAGCUGUAUUUAACAUGCUGCAAGUCAUGUCUUCAUUGGAGCCAAGUUCCCAGAUUGGAUCAGCUGAACACAAGUGGAACAAGAGCAAUAUGCUGCAGCACAGCCUGCGCACGAAGCACAGCUGCCUCUCUGAUGGGAUGGCAGCUUUGGUUCUCUGUUGGUUCUGUUUGGCAUGAGGACUCCUCUGCUGGAGGCAUGGGAGCACCAAAGCCAGGCACGUGAUGGCACUCUGUGAUAAAGGACCCCUACCUGCAGCCUGUGGUGAAUAUCCAGGAGGGGAUCACCAGGCUGAGUCUGUUGGACCGAGAGAGGUGAUGAGCACACCAUUCACUUCCAGAGCAUGUGUCCACAAAGAAUAGCCCAGAAUCACUGAGCUGAAAACAUCAUGCAUCUGACUGGAGUCAGUGGAGGAUGAGAGCACAGUGGUGGCUGGCUGCAUGGAUAUGUGGAAAUACUGCGUACUGGGGGCUUGGUUCGGGGACCAAAGGGAAAUCUCCAAUGAGAACUGAUGUACAGCUGCCACACAGGUUGUGGCCAUGCGGCAGGAGAGAGGCUGGAAAGUAGCAGUGAAUGGGAAGUGAUCUCUGCGUAUUUGCAUCAGGAGAUGUUUACAUGCCCACUCCGGUGGGAGCCAGGUUUCAUGCUGCAUCAGUAGCCUGGCUGCUUAUCAUCAGUUGUGUUUUCCCAAAUGUUGUCUUCCAGCUGAAGCAAUAUUUAGAGCCGGUUUGCAAGAGAAUGAGCUGCCCGUUCUUGCCUCUGUACCUCCAAGAAAUCACUGGGAGCUGAGCAGAUCUGCCAGAUUCUGUAAGAGGAGGAGCUGACUUUUUGUGAGAACAUGCAAAGUAGAGUCAGGCUCGCUACUGUAGGAAGAAAACCACUUGCUGUGCUUUUUUUGCAGGUGCUGUGAGGUUUGCAUGGCUCUUGCUCUUCUAAAGCCUCUGCAUUUCAGCAGCUCAUGAAAAUCUUCCAGGUGGUAUCUUUGAAUAGCCAUUGGGCUGCUGGCAUGGAAAUAAGUUCCCCUGUUUUGCCUACCAAAUGCCCCGUUUCAACAGUCAUUCAGCAGUUUGGGGAGGUGUAAUGCCCUCUCACAGUGGCUUAGAUCUGUGGCAUUCACACUCCCUGUAAAAAGGCUCUUCUUUCCCCUCCAAGUCCACCCUUGAGGACAGUGGCAAGGGACACCGGCCAGAGGGCGCAGAUUUCGGCAUGCAGAGUCACAGGCAUUCCACUAACUUUGGUUGGGCAGGGAAAGGCCAAGCAUGCAGGACACAGCUGUGGCUCAGAUCGUGCAGGAUGAGCACCUAUGUUUCACGGAUGCCCUGCUGGGACCCAUCUGCUCUGCUGUGGGGCCCACAGGACCUGCAAGACGCUGAGGCCUGUGUUGUGUGAAGAUGGGUUUUGCUUGCUGGAGCUCUGGUUCAUCCCUCUUUGCAGCUAGUGGUGAAUUCUGACACCUGAUAGACAAUGAUAACAAUGGAUGCAACAAUUUGGAGAUAAUCAUUUUCUGCUUACCUAGGAAGAAUAAUUAUUUAAUUACUUGCUGUUACGUGAACAAAGUGUCCUUGCAAAUAUCUUGCUUUAUUUCAUUAAGUUAUAUGGAAAGAAACAUUUGCUUUCUUUUUUCUUCAUUGCAGACGGAACAACGUUACUCUGGACAUCAUCUUUUUCUAAACAGUGCCUCAGUGGGAUGGAGAGGGGUUGGGUCAUUUUUAGACAAACUGUUAGGAGAUUAAUUCCCCAGCACAUGUAGGAGAGAAUUCUUGCUUGUGUUCUUUGUGGCACUGUUCUUGGUGCUCCACCCAAACAUGGCCAUUAAGUCUUUAGUUGUCCUAUGAUUUAGUGAAUCAUAGGACAGUCGAGUUGUCCUAUGAUUUAGUGAACAGUUUAAUCAGCCUAUCCCUGACAUGUUCUAUGUUACAGUCCUUGCAGAGGGCUGAGCAUCAGUUUCCUCAUGGUCACAAGACAGUGGGAGAGCCAAGGAGGGAAAUACCAGGCUUAGGAGCAAGUAGAUGGGAGGGGUAGAGCAAGAGUGAGAGCACGUGAAGCAGGGGAAGGAGGAGGAGGAGGAGAAAGGCAGUGGAAAGGAAGGGUUAGGCCUGGAGCUGGAAGAAGAUGGGAGCUUUUGCUGGAGGACUGGCUGGGCUGUCUCCUUCAUGGAGAAGAUCUUGAAGAGAUGGACAAAAAAAAAAAAUAAUAAUGCCCAUUAGAGUGUUCCCCCCUCCAAGUCUUGGCCUGGAGUCAAAGACUUUCUGUGUAAGCAUCCGUUUGGUUUGAGCAGAUGAACAUGAGAAGUAAUGUUAUUACAGCAUUUUACGACUGAUGUUUAAGGAUCUGCGAGAUGACUGUUAGGUUCUUCAUGUUCUUUUUCUUUAUUAUUUUAAGAACAAGGAAGAUCACUGACUAAACAGUAUUACUGAACAUUAUUAAUCUCGGUAAGUUAAUAAUGAGAAAAUACUGGGUAAUCUUCACAUCUUCCAUUUGUCAUAUUCGUUACAGACCCCUCUUUGGCUCCUCAUUUGUUUCCUAGCUUGCUCAAAGCAGAAGGUAGGCCCAUUAUUUGGGUGAAUCAAAGCUGUGCAACGAAAGAAGCAUUCCUUUGCUCCAGGUCUUAGUGAAAGAGGAACAGUAGGAAGAGAAAGGCCUCUAAGUGCAGAUGAGUGCACUGAUGAGCUUUCCCACGUUCUUGUCUGUGGUUGCCUGUCAGCUUGGCUGGAGGGCCCAGGCACCAGCCUUGUGGAUGGGCUGAGAGCUUGUCCUGAGGAAGGAAAUCACCAUCUAAUGCCAAAAUCCCAUCUGAGAUGCUUCAUUAUGGAAACACUGCAAGAAUGAAAAGGUUGGCCUGAAUCUCUGCACCUGAUCUUCUGGUUUUGAAAUGGGGAAGAUUGGACAUCAUCCAUGCGGACCUGUGGCAUGGGUAGCGCUCUUGUAUCAGCCUGCCUGCAUGCUGGCCAAACCUCUCUGAGGUACCCUACCGCCUAUUUGAAGUGCCAAGGCCUGAACAGCAGGCCUUGAACCAAAGCUGACCUCUAGAUGAAUCUCACAACCACUGAGAGUCACAGUAACAAGUGUGAGGGCAAUCGGUGAUGUAUCUUAAUCACUCUUGCUGUCCUCAUGUAGCAAUGGUUAGGUGCAUUGCCUUGUUCUGUAUUACUCUUGCAGUGUCAUUUAAUUAUCUCAUUGCUUUAAAGUUAAGUAAAGAUAAACCCUCCGUCUUAACUUGCUGUCUGCGGGCUUUGUGCUGACCCCUCCUCUAGCAAAACACUUUUCCAUGCUUACAGCUACACGAGGGAGUGCAAACUGCUGGGCCUACCUCUGCAAACCCCUGCUACGCUCUGAACAGCACAUCUGCUGCCCCUGCAGGGAGGACCGUGCUAGACUUGGCAAAGAAAACUGUGCUUAAAAUUGCACCUGUGUGUGUGCUGAAGCACAUGCAUGUUCCUGUGUAAAGCACCAGAGAAUGCAAGGUACACCUGGCUACGAAGAGAGCUGUGAGUGCCUUCUGCCAUCAGUGAGCUCAGACGUGCAAGGCGCUGAGGAUGGGUUGGUAGCAGCCAGCACGACAGGCUGCUGCUCCAACUCCACGAGUGACAGCUGUAAAGAGCCUUUAUUUCCAAAAUAAAAUGUAAAGCAGGAUAGCCCGGGCUUACUUGUGCUGGUGGAUGAAAUUGAAGUGCUGUUACACAGAGCUCCUUUAGGGAAAAAGUUGUUUUGUUUUAUUUUGUUGUUCUUUUUUUUCCCUAGGCCUUUUUGUUCUCACCACGUCUCUGACCCUUCAUCACCGUGGUAAACCGUGGCAAUAGUGCCCUGCUCACAAACACCUCCAGAAAUUUCCUGGAGCUUUUCCUGGGCCUCUUGCACAGUAUAUAGUCCCAGAUGAGGAAACUGCUUGUGACUAGGUUCAGAACUUUGCUUCUGCAGGGCUACAAAGGCUGUGAAUAGCAGCAGUGCUCCUGCAAAGCCAGUGAAGAUUUACCUUGGAUGAGAAUCCCAGCAUUUACCUGAGGCCAUAUCUAUUUCCAGAAGUGUGUAUGUCAUGGUAAUCUGGAUAGAGGGAAGGGCUUUUAAGUUUUGUGCUGCAUUUAAAGCACACGUAGCACUGCUGUGUGUCUGUGCACUGGCUGCGUCAUUUGGAUAGCCUGGCCUUAACUGUUCAGUUAUGAGUCCAUAUGUCACGUGUGACAGCUGUGCCUGAGGACAGGCUUACACGGGGACAGCAGGAUCUCUGUGCUUCGUGCAUUGUGAAGCCCUGCAGGUAUCACACAGAGAGUCUCAGCCUCGCUUGCACCUUCAGCGAGAGGCUGGACCAGAGACCUCUCUAUUUCUGCAGUUCUCUCUGUUACCGUGAGAGACACUGUGAGGCUGAGCCACGGUUCCCAAGAGUUCCUGUCAAGUCAGCUCAAAUCCUGUCAGCCGUUUAGGAGAAUGACCCACGGACGGAAGCAAAAUGACUUUUCCUUGCGCCAGGUGCUCUGAUCUCGUUUCUCCCAGCUGGCUCUGGUGGUUUUGCCUAUGCCACUUAGGUCCUCAGACACAAACUACCGUGGAACCGAGCACCAUGCUGCAAUGUGCCAAACAUCCCACAGGCAGCUGGCCGUGUCCCCGCUCCUCCCCUGGGAUGGGAAGCAGCACUGAGAGCCCCUGGCUUGUGCUGGAGGCCGUGCAGACAGGGUGUUCCUCGCUGGUUCAGUGUAAAUAGCUGAGCACUGGAGGGGUUACACCAGCCAAGUUCAGACAGAGCAGCACUGGAGUUUUGACAGAACUCAGGGCUAUUUGCAGCCAGGUUUCUCCAUCAAGGACAACAUGACCCUGGAGGAGAUGACUGGAGGGAUGGUCACCACCUGUCUUUCAAGGUCUGGAAUGCUUCCUGGCUGCUCCAGCACCGGAUGAGGUCACUGCCAGCACACCUGCAUUCAUCUCCUGCUACUUUCUGCCACUGUCUGUGGCUUUGAGGCCUAAUGCUGCUACAAAGCAAGCUGAAAAAUGGGUUUUCAUUUCAACACUUCGGGGAUUGAGCCCUCCCUUCUACACUGAUUGAGCUGCGCGACACAGCUGGUCUAGCACGGGAGUAAACCUUGUUCACGUAAGAUAUAUGUGCUGUUCUACUCCCUUUCAUACGCAGCCUCUGGAGAAAGAGAAUCGUUGCUCUGAUCAGAAAAGCAACAUCAGCUCAUGUUGCCACUGGAGGUCUGACCCGAGUUAGGAAGUCCAAAAGAUGCUUAUCCCAACUUCUUCCUCCACAGGGCUCAGCCUAACCUCAUACGCUGCUCUGCACACCAAAGCCCUCCUCAUAGUGUUUUCUCCUGGGAUGGGCCACAGCUGGUCCCUGGCCCAAAGCCCCCCACCCCAGGCACGGCGUGGCUUUCAGCCAACCCUGCCACCUAUCCCUGCUGGCAUAUCAGCAGGCUGCGGCCUCCUGGGCCUCCGCUCCCACACUGGGGCCAGCACUGGGUGUGGAGAGAAGCCUAUCUCGCAAGGCUGCUGUGCACAAAGCAGCUUUCCAGUGAGCUCAUCAUGGAGUCAGUGCCAGAACGAGUGCAAACAGAGCAUGAAGGGUUUGCACCCACAUGCCAGCCCGAUGCAAUACAUAUUUGGUAACCAGGAUCGAGGUUCUGAUCAAAUUCCUGCUGAUUAUUGCCCAACCUCUGCAGCAGCACAUGAGGUAGGUGAGGGGAGGUCCAGCUGUCACACACCAUCUUCUGGGACAGCAGCAGCUGCUGCAGGGUUUGCUCCUGUUCAGGCUGCCAGGCCCUACUGCCGUGCUCUGUGUGGGGUGGGUCCUCUCCCCAUGCGAGCGGCUCAGUGGGCACAUUUCUGGAAGUACAUGGGUCUGCAUGUGGCUGCCUGGCACACAGCCUGUCCCACCAGCUCAAGCAGAGGUGUAGGCCCUGCUCUGGCACUGGAUGUAUUGGAGCCAGAGGCUCAGGGCUUGCUUGUCCUCCUUGGUGGGACCAGAUCAGAUAGGUGCCAGCAAUCCGACUCCUGUCUGUGUGGCAAGGCAGAGCCCCAGAUAGCAGACUGGGACUCCAUGAGACAAAAAGCUCCCCAUCUGUCUUGUAAUUCAGCAGAGACCGUGUUCAACUCUUUGUUCGCUACUGGCGAGGGGCAGGUGAGGCUUCAGAGAGGUUUGGAAAGAAGGAAGAAAGAAAGGAAGGAAGCUGUGAUGUUGCUGAAGAAAAGCCAUAGUGCACACCCUGAGAUCACUGUUUCCAUCAGGAGUUGGUAAGAGUAGCAGCAUGGUCCUUCUCCCUUCCCCAUAUAACAGGAUAACACUAGCUGCCCAAAUUUCGAGCACUACCAUCACAGGAGGCCUUGGGUGACAGCAGAGGCUGGAACUGAAUUGCCACCUGCAGCAUGUGGCCCCCAAGCCUACUAAACCCCACCAGAGAGGAACAAGGGCUGCCUGGUACCAAUGUGGAGAGCACAGCCCGUAAUGACUGACCCAGUGCAGAUCUCCCAGGGACAGGGCAUUGCUCUUUUGCUCUGCCCUCAUCCCUUCACCACUAGGAAAUGGUUCUGUGCCCAAGUCAUGGACUCGUCCUCCUUUCUUCCUCCUGCCUUCCUUUGUGGGGUCAUCAACGGAACAGCAAUGGCUGCAGGAUGGGCAUGGUGGAUUUCCAGCUCCUGCGUUUUGUAUGAUGACCUGUAUGCUUUCAUCAUGUAUGCCUGACACCUGUAUGCUUUCAUCCCUCCCCUGGUGUUGUCUCGAGCAUGCAUUCCCUCUGCUAAGCUCCCGUUUCCUGUCUGUGAAGCAGAGAUGAAGGUAUUCCAUGUCCUUCCCCAUCGAGUUCUGGCACAUUUGGCAGGUGCUAGGUAGGAAACAUCUGAAUCCAAACCUCAGCACUGACUCAUUACCACUCAGGCCCUUAAAACGUUCCCGCACAGCGGUCUUUUCUCCCCAGAACCUUUCCCAGCCUUCUAGGCAUGGAGCAUGGGUGGCACUGUGCCAGAGCAAGAGACUGUGCCUCUCCUAAAUGGUGCCUGAGGUCCUUCUCCACGUUAUGGUUCUCAUCAUGUGCUGCUUCUUUGACUUAUUUUUUUUUUUAUUGUUUGGGGGAGGGCAGUGUUGUUUUAAAGCCUAGAGGGCUUUCAGGCUCACUGUAUGUGGUGGGGUCACCUGGAGAGAGAGGCAGCAGUAAGACACAUGUUUCUUUCUGGUUCUGUUCUGAGUCAGAAUAGAAGAUUUUCCGUGCAAAAGGAUGUGGAAUCAGAGUCUGCUGCCCAACCACCUUUCUUGGUCCAGUGAUGGAGGCACCUAAAGCUCAUGGGCAAGCCAGUUCUCCUGGGCUGCUCCUGUCCUACCGUGCUGGGCAGCUCUUGUGGAGAAGGACAGCAAUUUACCCCUGCUCCCAGUACUCAGGGUAGCACUGUGGGGUCCACAUGGUCCCUUUCCACAGCAGAGAGGAGGUCGCUUGGUUGGCAGAAGCACUGGGAACAUGCUCCCCUGUGCUCACUGAUGAGCCCAGCAGCACACGUACCUCCAAGCACUGAACAGGGGUGGGACAGCAGAUAGCACUGCUCUGGGCAUUCUGGACACACUGGCACUGGUGGCAAAUGCCAUAUCUCUUAAAAGGCUGCAGCAGUACAGCAGUGCCUGUCCUGGAUCGGUCAGCAUCAUCUUCCUGAAUGGUGCAGGUACACACUGCAGGAGAGCAAGAGCCGGGCUGUCCCUCCAUGAGCUGUGCUGUGCGCUGCACCAGGGCUGGGGGACCCUGUGCUCCAACUGAAAUAGCACAGGGCUCUCAGAGGGUGACCAGGCAGCUGCUCCUGCCAGGAAGGGUUCAUUGUGCCUGUCCUGCUCCAAGGACUUCUGGAGUGCUGCUCCAUGAAAGUGCUGACAUGUAAAAUGUGCAAACACUUCUCUGAGCAGGAGCAGAAGCGAUGCUGCCCCUGAGCCCCCUGUCUGGCCCAGUGGUCUUUAAAUGACUGAGCCUCAGCAUAAGGGGCUCAGAUAUCUCCUCCCCACGCCCUCCUGCUCCUGUGGCAGUGUGUAACCCAGGGAGAGAUUAUUGCCCCUGAGAGAGAAAUGUGAUGGGCUUGAAAAGAGUGUUCUUUGUGUAGGAAGCGGAGCAAAGGUACCACCAAGAGAGGGGCUCUGGUGGUUUGAGAGGAUUUGGAUGUCCACUGCAGGCGUGCUCCUAGUGCUCCCCAUGGCCCAGCAGAGAGUGGGCCUGUGCACAGUUACACACACCAAGAAAGACAAAGUCUAGCAGGCAGCUGAAGCACAAGGUGAGCUAGCAGCUGGAGGCAAAACAAAACAAAACAAAAGCCUCUUCUGUGGGGCUGGACUGGAUUCUGACCAGGGAUUGUAAAUACACAUCAACGGCUGCAUGUCCUCACUCGGCUCACGCUCCGCUAGCAGCAGGCUGACAAGUAACUUCUGGGUAAUGAGGAUCAAUAUUCCUCAAAUGCAGCCCCGUGGUGAUUCAUCAGAAGAGCCUUUAUCUUUGUCUUUCAAAAGCUUCAGUCAUUUUAAUGAAGAAGCAAUUUCCUGCUGAUCAAACGGGCAGCUGCCCAACACAAACUGCAUGCGCUCAGAGACAAAGGCUUGCGAUCCAUCGGUUUACUGAGGGUUAUAUCCCAGAGUUAGGAUAAUCCUAGGUGGGACACCCACAGAAGGGUUGGCUGCUAGAGGCAUUCCAGCGCCCUUGCAGCAGUAUCUCGAGACCUGUGGAUGAGCUCAACACAAUGGAAGACCUCCAGUGAACUCUUUUCCAAGUCUUAGGGCUAUCGAAAUAGUAUCUAAAUCAGUGAGGCAGGUCUGAAGGCUUCAUUCUGUUCUCUCCAGCACUGAGCAUUCAGACGAUUGUAUCCCUGUUACACGCUUACCAAAAAGAAAGGGGGGAGAUGGAGAAAGAAAUUUCAAUGGAUGUGUGAUUGUGCUUAGAGCUGCAUUAAUGCUGAGUGCUCAGAAUAAUGCAGAGGUAGAAGCGAUAUCGUGAGCAAUGUUUGGUCUGCAGGCAGAAUCUGUUUCCCAUGACAGUGCCUUUCUGAAGCAGGAAUUCCAGCAUGAAAUAAAACUUGUUAAAGUGGUAAAAGA